AUGGCUCAGACUUCUCAACUUCUAGGGUCCAGCAACAACAACUUCUUCGAGCCUCCCAAUCUUGGUUUCCCUUACAGCGACGUCUACGUUGCGUUGGAAGGAGACAGCGAGAGCCGGCUCAUUCGUCUUCUGCCAGGUUCAGGAGAAAGCCCAAUACAUUGCAAGCUGAUCAACAAUGUGAACUUCCGAGCCCAGAAAGCUGCCGAGCCAAACUAUGAGGAGAGGGCAAAUGCUUGGAUUCGUGACAAUCUCGAGCAAUUUAUGGCAAAUCCACUUCUCGCGACAACAUAUUUAAUCAACGAGCACAACCAGCAUGCCAUGAAGGCUCUUGAAACUAAUUAUGCAGCAUUGUCUUACUGCGCAGGGGAUCCCAACGACUUUGAGCCUAUAUGGGUUGACGGCCAUAAGUUCAAUGUGUUCCGCACCUUAUUCAGAGCGCUGAAGCGUUUCCGUCACUCAACCGAGCCUCGACCCCUAUGGGUGGAUCAAAUAUGUAUCAACCAGCGAAACACUCCCGAACGGGACGGUCAGGUCUUGCUAAUGAAGGACAUCUAUGAGAACGCCGACUCUGUUAAGAUUUAUCUCGGUGAGGAGGAGUUCUUGAAUGGAUCACGGAUCGAGCGCGAAUUGCGAAAAGGGUGGUACCAGCAUUACACUCUCAACUUCAACAGCGACGAUAUAGCAUCGAACGACGCAGACUUGAUGUCGGCGAUUGAUAGCAUGCGUCGCUAUCUCAUCGAUGCUGCACUUGGCGACUUCUGGGUCGCAUUCUUCUCUUUGCUUGAAAAACGUGGUGGCGCCGAUGUUGGGUCAUACAAGAAGUGA